AUGCCACCGAACCCUCCAGAUCCUCAGGUUCUUGUUUUACAAAGGCAACUGAGAGCUCUCCAGAUUAAAAACCAUGUACUUCAGCGACAGUUGAAAGAUGCAAAAGGAAUCAAUUUCGCUAUAUUCCACUGCUUUAUCGGGCAAGAAGGGGAAGAGACCUAUCUUGGGAAGCCAUACUGGACAAAAAGUGGUGGGAAAUUCCAGCUCAAGGCCUACCCACCUGUACUUUAUCCCGAUGCAUACAUUCUUUACAAACCUCUCGCAUUCGUCAUUUACAAACAUUACUCGUCGGAACUAUCAACAGAAUACAGAGAAGCCCUACAGCAAGGUCAGAUGCUAGACCUAGAGCCAACCCGCGAGGUCAUAAAGCUCUUUUCAGACGAUAUAAUAAAAGCAGUAGAGUUAUUUGAGAAAGAGGAUGAAGAAGCACACAAGAAGUUUCCGAGUCUUUCCGUCGAGAAAGAGAUGUCAGCCCCUUACCCAUGGUGGUACCACUACCGCGACAAUCGAAACAAAAUCUCUAACCUACCAAAGCCCGAAGCCGAGCUCAUUCACCUUUUGACCGAUUGGAUUGAUGUCAAUUAUAGUUGGCGAUACGGCCGAAGUGAUGACCAAUUCAAGCGCGGUGUGGUCUCCGCCAAGUCUUUGCCUUUCUUGGUCCAGCCUGGAGAGGUUUUGGUUCGUAGGGAUGCCGAGGGCGUCGAAGCUUUCUUGGCAACGACUUGGUCAGAUAAAGAGAAGAGAAACUCUGAGAUGCAAGUGCCUCCUGAAGAUCCGGACUGGACCCUCCUAUCGGUACCGUCGUCGAAGAAAUCCGAGUGGAGUUGGGAGGUUGAUGCUUGGUCAUACAUGUAUAACGGAGGUUUUUAUCGGGUGAUGAGAAGACUCGUUAUAAAUCUUGACGUGGCUACAGCUGAUACGGAAAUUCCCAUUGUGGACUUGGAUGUGUUCCCGCUCCGAUUCGCCUCACAAGAGUUGCGAGAAACGCUGGAGCGGCGAGGCAAGACCUUUUGGAACAGUCGAUAUGGCAACUACGUCUCAUACGAUAACCAAAACAAAAACGAAAAGCAUGCUCAGGAAGAGUAUUACAUGAUAGACUGGCGAGGAUACACAAUUCCACCCUGUCUGCCCAUGCCUGGUCAACGCGCAAAACCUAAAGAAAAUGACUUGAUACCUGAAUUCAAGGUGAAAUGCCGGUAUGUACACGUAGGUCUGCGUCCAUCAGAGCCUGACGUGUAUCUUUUUCCUCGAACAGCCAUCGGUUACCAUCUACAGCGCAAGGAAUGGAAUCACCUGAAAGUCGAUCAAAUCCAGGAGAUGCCUUGGGAUGAGAAGACAUUUGGUAAUAUCGCUGCAGACGUCGAGAUUAAAGAAUUAGUUCAGGCUCUCAUCCCAACCAAGCUUUCUGCUGCAGAUAUAGGAACAGACUGGAUGUAUAAGAAAGGCGACACCCUCAUCACGGUCCUUCAUGGAGGCCCAGGAACAGGAAAGCCAUUCACGACCGAUAGUAUUGCUGAGCUAGCACAGAAACAGCUCUUGCAGGUGAAAUGCAGCCAACCUGACAUCACAGCCGAGUAUCUGAAGUCAAUGUUCCACGUUGGCGGACAUUGGCGCCCUUUACUUAUGUUCGAAGAUGCAGAGGCUCUCCUAAAGCAGCGCUCUCUGGAUGGCGUGCCAUGCAAUACGCUCGCCUCGGACUUUUUACGCGAAGUUGAGCUCUUUGAUGGCCUCAUCAUCUUAACUUCAAAGAGUGCCGGUGAUCUUGAUGAGUUGCUCAAGUCACGCUCACGGCUAACUGUACACUACGAAACACUGACCCAGCCACGACGGGCGCAGGUCUGGCGCAACUUUUUGCGUCAACUCGACCCCCUGGGCGAAGGUAACAUUGACUUUGAUGGCAUUAAUGCUCGCAUGGACGAACUGUCAGAAAAGGUGAUGAGCGAGCAUCAGAUCUGCAAUGCCAUUAUCACUGCCUGGCAGUUGGCUCAGUUCCAAGGCAAAAUGAUGACCAUCGACCACUUGAGAUAUGUCAAUAGCUGGGCUGAUCUUCGUGAGGGAAGGACUCUCGACUGGCUCUCGACUGGCUCUGGUCUCUCUCAAGUGGCCAAAUAA